GCUUUUACCAUCCUUGGUCUUGGCUCUAAAUCUUAAGUAAUUUGCUACUUCUGUUAACCUCUUUCAACUUCUUUAACUUCCUUCUGCAGUUAUGGCAAAAAUUCGAGCCUUUUCUAGAAGUGUUGUAUUUCUUCUUGCCUUCAUUGCCUGUCUUCAGAUUCUGUUUACAGAAGCACGGCCAAUCAAGUCAAUGAACAAGCAGGGCAGGGAUAAUAAUAUCAACGUUCACCAGAGCAAGAACACAAAUGAUUCUCAGCAGAUUCCUCGUACCGCAUUUGCUGAUUCUGAAGCUUCCAUGGACGAUUUCCGGCCGACAUCUCCUGGUUUUAGUCCCGGUGUUGGCCAUCCUAAGGAUAUCACUAACUCCAACGUUGAGCUCUCUGUUGAAGAAUUCAAAGAUGAUCACCGACCCACAAAAUUAUCAGCAGCUUGUCCGAACCCUGAAGUUGGCCACGCUACUAAGUUGCACCAAAGCAAAUCAGGAAAGAGUAGUAAGAGCUCUCAGCCUAAACCCUCUAGUCACUUUUCACAAUCUGAGUCAGGAAACGACGAAAUAUCAUCUACCGGUGUCCCUGCUGUAAAUGAUUUCCGGCCAACACCUCCAGGUCAUAGCCCUGGUCUAGGCCAUCAUUUUUCACAAGACGGCAGUGAUGGAGAGAUUGAUCCAACGCCACUAGGCACAGGAUCCGGAAAUAAUGACACACCCACACCUGGUCACAGCCCUGGAGUUGGCCGGCCUAUCAUCAACAAAAGCAAUUUGGGGGAAAAAAAGGGAUCUCAGCCGAGGUCCUGGAAUCACAUUCCUGAUAAUGCUCAACACCAAACGGUGCCCCUGAACUCAAACGCCUUGCAUGCUUCAGCUGCAGCUUCCGAGGAUGAUUUCAGGCCAACAUCUCCGGGAUUUAGCCCUGGUGUUGGCCAUCCUAAGACAUUGAUUACUAGCUCCAACAUUGAAAAACCUGUUAUAGGAUUCAAAGAUGAUUACCGACCGACACAACCAGGGCACAGCCCAGGAGUUGGCCACGCUCAUGAGAAAAACGAUGCAGAACCAAAUCCGUAGACUUGUAUAUGCAAAUGCUUGGUGCAGAAAAAGGUCAUUGGUAGUUGUAGAUGUUUCCAUUGAGACAGAAUUUAUUGUUGUCUCGUUUAGUCCUUUAAUUGUCUCUGAAAUUUGAAAAAAAAAAAAGUCUCUGAAAAAGAGGCUGAUUUGAUUUGAUUUGGUAUAUGUGUUUAAUUAUCUGAAGCUCAGAAAAAAAUCAAAU